AUGGGCCCCCCGGGCUCCGGGAAGGGCACGAUCUCGGCGCGGAUCAUCAAGCACUUCGGGCUGAAGCACCUCUCCAGCGGGGACCUGCUGAGGGACAACAUGCAGAGGAGGACAGGUCGUGGCACCCUGUGUGUGCGGGCUCGCCGGCAUUCGGUGGUGCGAACCGUGUGGUCCUGGACCCUACCCUCCGUCUCUCCUCCGAGAUACCCCCCCUGGGUUUUUGCAGUGAAGGAAGGUCCCCUUCUGGCAUGCACGUCAGCUGUAUUCGUGCUGUGGUCCGAAAUCUUGCGAGGACUGCGCGUGGUGAGGGCCAGAAGUUGGAAUCCUUGCCAAGUCUUACAUUGAUCAGGGACGGCUUAUUCCAGAUGACAUCAUGACACGGCUGAUGCUGAAUGAACUAAAAGGUCUAGAUCGGUACAACUGGCUGCUGGAUGGUUUCCCUAGAACGGUUGCUCAGGCAGAAGCCUUGGAUAAAGUUUGUCAAAUAGACACUGUGAUCGACCUAGAUGUACCGUUUGAAAACAUAAAAUGUCGGCUUACAGCACGUUGGAUCCACCCUGCUAGUGGCAGAGUCUACAAUCUUGAAUUCAGUCCUCCUAAAGUGCGGGGCAUUGAUGAUAUUACCGGAGAACCACUUGUUCAGCGAGAUGAUGAUAAGCCAGAGACGGUUACCAAGAGGCUGCAGGCUUACGAUGCAGAAACAAGACCUGUUCUAGAGUAUUAUCGGGAAAAAGGGUUGUUGAAAUCCUUCUCUGGAACAGAAACCAAUAAAAUCUGGCCACAUAUCUAUGCUUUUCUCCAAACCAAGUUGCCAGAUGUGAGCCAGAAAGAUGCUGCCACUCCCAGGUGAAAUUAGGUCUAUCUUCUGCUCAUCUGUUAUAGCACGCACAUGAUCAUGAGAUUCAGCAGUCACGAAUUUCUUGAAGUAGUGUACCAGACUGAUCAAUAAUUAUGUUCUGCUGUUGUCCGUAACCUACCUUCUGAUAAAACUUUAUCUCCUGUGGGUCUCAUUCUAAUGCUGUAUUUGUUUUUAAUAUUAGAAAUGCCUAAUUUUUGUAAUACAGUAACUCUCUUUAACAAAAGCACCUACUGCUGCAUCUCUGUUAAUCAGAAAAUAUUAAUGUUUUGCAAUACUGAAUGGUGAAGGAAACACAUUUCAGAAUACAGCUUAACUACGAAGCAUCUUGGUUGACUUAAUUAUUCAUGAAUUGACUUUCAGUCUGCAAAAAGCACUUUCAGACCAGAACUGGCAUAGGUUGGAAGGAACCUUUAACAAUAAUUUAGUCCGAACUCUCUGCUACAGGCAAGGAUGUUUCGCUUGAUCAGGUUGCUCAAAGCCAUGUCUAGUCUGAUUUCAAACACCUCCAGUGAUGGGACAUCCACAACUUCUCUGGGCAACCUCUUUCAGCUCCUUAUGACCCUCCUUGUAAAAAAUUUCUUCCUUAUAUAGAUAGAGGUUGGAAAAUGGUCACUUCCUUUAGCUUGGUUGAUUUUGCUGGGUUUAAGUUGCCCUUGACACUUGCUGUGAUGAUUUGCCUUACUACUAAGUUUCUAUUUCUGCCUUCAGCUAAAUUGCUAGCAUGAAAAAUAGUUUAAUGAUGUGUAACAUACUUGGUAAAGCCUCUGUCUUUGUGCAGUGGUGUAAGACUUUUUAGUAAAUAAAAACCAGCAGACACUGGAUCACUGAUCUGGUAAGCCUGUAGCUAGGCAA